AUGGAGAACAAAAACGACGAUAAAUUAGAUGAAUUACAACAAGCAUUAGAUGAUAAUGAAUAUGAUAUAGAGAACUAUGAUAGGUUGAUACAAUAUAUGCAAGUAUAUGAAGAAGAUGAACCUUGGAAAUGGCAAACAAUAGAUGCUAUAUACGAGCAAAAAGCGCAAUAUUUUACAUUGAAAUUGCAUGAGUUAACUAGUUGGAUAUUGGUGAAACAAAAGGUAGAUGAGGGAGAGCUUUUGUUGUUCUACGGGGAUGCUGCUCUUAAUUAUUAUAACAUUGAUAUGUUUAAAAGUUAUUUAAAUCUUUUACUUGAAAAUGCCAUGGGUGAAACAGAUCAUGAUUUUUAUUUAUCUGAAAUAUCAGAAUUCAUGAAGAUUGCAGUGUAUGAUUUUGAAAAUAGUAAUAUAUUAUGGAACUUAUUAAUUGAUCAUAUAAAACAACAUGAUUCAGAUAAUAUCGCAAAAUUGAAAGGAAUUUAUAUAAAAAGAUUAACAUACCCUCAUAAAGAACUAGACGAGUCAUUCAAUGAAUAUUCUUCAUUUAUUUCAGCUCAUGACCCAUCGAAUUAUGAAAUUGAACUUCAAAAUGCAAAUAAAAUAUAUCAAUCAACUAAAAAAUUACAACCACAUUAUGAAAAAUAUGAAUCACAAAUAAAGGAAAAUAAUCAACCACACGUUUGGAUAAAUUACAUGUCUUCAGUAUUCAAAUACUCAAAAACAAAAAAUAUAAAUGAAAUUCUACCCAUUUUUGAACGUGCAAUCGCUAAUGAUGAAACAUGGACAGAAGAAUGGGAAACUGUCUGGAUAUCAAUUAUCUACAUAAUUUUUUCACAAGAUGAAAUAGACACAACUAAUCUUCAACGUAUAUUAAGUAAAUAUUUACGAACAUUUCCAAAUUCACCAUGUGCAUAUGCUGAAAAUAUAAGAAAUCUGAAUUUAAAACAAUAUAAAAAAAUAUGUAACAGAAUUGAUAAGAUUAAAUUUAAAGAUUCAGUCGAUUACCAGAAAUGGAAAUUGGUAGUUUUGGCAAUGAUCCAAUUUGAAAAUAUUAAUAAAACGGAAGAAACGAUUGAUAAAUUAAUAACUAAUUUGAAAGCGCAUGCUAAUUAUGCAUUGGAAAAUAAUGACCUAAUGCAUUCUGUUGAAAAAUUGAUAAUUUCUUUAUUUACAGAAUUGGGAUUUCAAGAAUUGGCAAUUGAAUUACUUAAAAAAAUGUUUGAUAAAUUUAAAGAACAAGUUGAUGUUUGGUUAUUUGGCAUAAAUUAUUACAAAAAUGAUCUGGAUGUUAAUGAGAUCAGAGAAUUGUUUAAUAGAGCAUUAUCUAAUGCUUCUAUGCUUGAUAAACCAGACAAAUUAACUGAAGAAUAUUUAUUAUUCGAACAAUUAAAUGGUGAUAUAAAUUCAUAUAGAAAAGCAACUGUGAAAUGUAAUGAAGCAAUGAUAAAAGCUAUUAAAUCAAAGAACGAGAAUGUAAUUGUUGAGGAGGUAAUUAAACCUAAGCCACAAAAGAAAAGAAAACACGAAGAAGAAAUAACUAGAUCAAGAGAAGAUUAUACAAUUGAAGUUAAAAAUUUACCUAAUACUAUUAAUGAAAUAGAGGUAAAGACAUUUCUUGAAGAUUGUGGAACUAUUAAUAAUGUAUCAUUAAUAGAGAAAAAAGAUUGCAAAAAGGCGAUAAUUGAAUUUAGUAAUCAACAAAGUGUAUUUGCAGCAUUAAUUAAAAAUCAUAAAAAGAUACAAGGUAACGAAAUAGAAGUUACGAAAUUACAAGAAAAUAUAUUAUUCAUUAAUAAUUAUCCAAAUGAUUUUAACGAAGAUGAUUUAAAAUCUGAAUUUUCAAAAUUUGGUCCAAUUAUAGAUAUUAGAUUUCCAAGACAAAGACAACAACAAAAUAAAAAAAGAUUUUGUUAUUUACAAUUUGAAUUUUCAAAUGAUGCACAAAAGGCCAUUUUAGAAUAUAAUGGUAAAGAAUAUAUUGAUAAACAAUCAAAUAGAAAAUAUAAAUGGGAUGUAAAAAUAUCAAGACCAAAAGAAAGAAGAGAAAGAGAACCACCAAAAGAAAAAGAUCUGAAACCAAAACCACAUGUCAAAUUAACAUCAAUGGUUCCUAAUAAUAUCAAAAGAAGGAAACAACUAAAUAUAUGA